UUUCUUUGUAAUCCAGAUUCCAGAAAGAAAUAAAAGAAAAGAAAAUUUAAAGAUUGGAUUUUUAAAGAUGAAGAAAGGAUCCUCCCGAAAGGAAAUUCUUAAUAGUUCGCCAACAAGAACAAUACAUUCGGAUUUAAUUCUAUUCCUGCAUUCCUUCGAUUCCUCUUCUAUAAUUCUUCCUCAAGGUCUCCCGAUCGAUCGAUGAAGCUUAUGUCCUGCAAGUCUAGGGUUUCUUCUUCUCCUCUCCUUCCCGAAAUCAACACCAUCACUAAGAAGAACAACCUGCUGCUGCUGGUGCAAUUGCGAUGUCUUUGAAGAGCAAUUACAGACGGAACGGUCAGAAUCGUCAGAUUCCUCAGCCAUGUCCACACCUUGCCGACUUCCGAUCCCGAAACGGUCAUAAGCCAUUUCGCGCUCUACAGGAGUGCCUCCGAGUCAAGCCACUCGGCCGUGCCGCGAUCCGCCGUGACCCGGACGAAGUCCCUCGCUGUUCCAUCUGUGGUCACUGCGCACCCACUCGUCUCUACGCAUGCGUCGCCUGUGCCUCUGUUUUCUGCCACUCGCUGCCCGAGUCGUCUCAUGCGGCCUCCCAUGCCGAGUCCAUGCCGGGUCACGAGAUCGCCGUCGAUGUUGACCGUGCCGAGCUCUUCUGUUGCGUUUGUCGCGAUCAGGUCUAUGACCAUGACUUUGAUGCUGCCGUUGUCCUUGCACAGACUGCCGCAUCAACUCUUGGCGGCGGAUUGACGUUGCCUCCAUCUCUGCCGCCGGAGAAUCAGAGGAAGCGGAAGAGGGUAGAUUAUCGCCCGUGGACACCCGACCCAAGAGAGCGGUUCUUGAUGGGGACGGGUUCGAGUCCAUUGCAGAGUGGAGACGAAGACUCUUCUUGCUUGCCAUGGGGGUUGCGAGGGCUUAACAAUCUUGGGAACACUUGUUUCAUGAAUUCGGUCCUGCAAGCUCUGCUUCACACGCCUCCACUAAGAAACUAUUUCUUGAGUGAUCGCCAUAACCGGUAUCUCUGUCAGCAGAACAACAAAAUGGGUAAUGUCAAGAAGAAGAACGCAGCGGGCCACGAUAAUAAUAAGAAUUUGCGGCUCUGCCUGGCUUGCGACGUGGAUGCAAUGUUCUCAGCCGUUUUCUCUGCCGAUCGGAAGCCCUACAGCCCAGCAAAUUUUCUUUACAGUUGGUGGCAAUAUGCAGCAAAUCUGGCAAGUUAUGAACAGCAAGAUGCCCAUGAAUUUUUCAUUUCCAUGCUUGAUGGGAUACAUGAAAAGGUGGAGAAAGGUCAACGCAAGCCCCAAAGCCAAGGCAGUGGAGACUGUUGCAUUGCUCACAGAGUAUUCUCUGGUAUCUUGAGAUCUGAUGUCACUUGUACAGCAUGUGGCUUCACGUCUACGACAUAUGAUCCAUGUGUUGACAUCUCAUUGGACUUGGAACCAAACCAGGGGGGUUCUGCAAAGAUGGCUUCCUCAAAGUCACAUUAUGGUUCCAAUGGUGAGACAGAUAGCUAUGGUAUAUCUACCCUGAUUGGAUGCUUGGACCGUUUUACGAGGCCUGAGAGACUAGGUUCUGACCAGAAAUUCUUCUGCCAGCAGUGCCAGGUGAGGCAGGAGUCUUUGAAGCAGAUGUCCAUUAGAAAGCUCCCCCUGGUUUCCUGUUUUCACAUCAAAAGAUUUGAGCAUUCUACCAUAAAAAAUAUGUCGAGGAAGGUUGAUCGUUACUUACAGUUCCCAUUUUCCCUGGAUAUGGCACCUUACCUCUCUUCUUCCAUCUUGAGGAGUAGAUUUGGCAACCGGAUUUUUGCUUUUGAUGAUGAUGAGCCAGACACUUCCAAUGACUUGUCUUCGGAGUUUGAGUUGUUUGCUGUAGUCACACACACAGGUAGAUUGGAUGCUGGCCAUUAUGUAACCUAUCUACGGUUAAGUAAUCAGUGGUACAAGUGUGAUGAUGCAUGGAUAACUCAAGUUAGUGAGAACAUUGUGAGGGCUGCUCAAGGCUACAUGAUGUUUUAUGUACAGAAGAUACUCUACUAUAAAGCGAGUGAGAAAUUGAUUUCCUCGUGAUAUCUUGGCAGGAAACAGAAGUUUGGUGACAAUAAGUUUGUUCAGGCCAGAGAAGUUAGGAUUGACUACCAUGACCAGUAAUUAUGUCUAUACAUCAAAGAGGAUAUAAAUAGCAGUUUUCUGUUCCAUUUAAACCAAUAUAUACAGUAUUGGUUUUACACCACAGGCUUGAUUGAUAUUGGUAGAAGAGCAAGCAGCACUUUGAGCUCUGUGAUUAAAUGCUUUGAGGGUUUAUUUAUAAUUCUCAGUUGGAGCAGAGUGAGCCUAAAUUUUUGAGGCACUCCAGCAAUUUGGUCUUUCAGUAUUUUUCCACGAAGACAUGGGUUCCACGAAAAAUGGUUUGAUUUGAUUUUUUUU